UAUUUUAUAUAUGUUAUUUUGGCAUGCCCUUUUUCUUCUGCUUCUUCUAGGUUAUUUUCCUAAGAAAGGUUGGAUGAUAAGUCUGUGUGUUCUGCAUAGAUCAUAUAUUUCCCCCUUUUUUCUUAAGAGAGAGGUUCGAAAUAUACUUAAACUUUGGCGAAAUUUGUUGUAACACGCCUCAACUUUGCGGGGGUCCGAUGACCCCCCCUAAAUUAUUUUUUACCAUAUUUUUGUGGCAUAUAUUUGCCUGCUAGACCACUGCGUGAAUACACGCACACUGAGCGCGUGAAGGGUCUGAAGUGGUUUAGCUAAGCAAAUAUAUGUUACAAAAAUACGGUAAUAAAUGGUCUAGGGGGGUCAUAAGACCCUCGCAAAGUUAAGGCGUGUUGCAGCAAAUUUCGUUUAAGUUUAGGUAUAUUUCGGACCUUUUUCCCUUUUAUUAAUUAUGAUAAGUUUUAUCUUGAAUCUUUUUCUAGUGAAAUUGUGUGAAACAAAUUAAAACUAGACUGCUUGAGUUUUGUAUAUAUAGUCGAGUCCGAACUAAGGAAAUGGAGAUUUUAGAUGAAGCAGAAAAGUAGGUGAAAUGAAAGAAUUUGUAGCUAUAGAUAUUGAUAAAUAUGCAAGAAAGAUCAAGAUAAGUUGGAAAUAAAUUUGUCUUUAAUAUGUUCUUCGAGGUGGUAUGAACGAGUGCGUCAGUACUAGUAGGUAGGAGGACUUUGUAAUCUGAGUUAGCAGCUGUAGUACUAGUUUUAUUUCUGAUUGUUGUAUUAAUUGAUGAGUCUUGUUUAUGGUAUUUUUGGAUGUGAUAAUUUCUAUUGUUAUCUUGUCCUUUUACUAUUAUUUUUGGGUGUGAUAAUUUCUAUUGUAUCUUGUUCUUUUACUAUUCCUUUUCUAGAUUGUUUUAUCUUGAGCCGGGGGUCUAUUGGAAAUAGCCUCUUUGUCUCACCUCUGAGGCAACUUCAGCGUACUGAGAACAUGACCCUAGAUAAGAAGGUGUGGAGGAGGCGGAUUAGGGUAGAAGGAUAGUAGGAACAAGUGCGUCAGUACUAGUAGGUAGGGGACGUUGUUAUCUGUGUUAGUAGCUAUAGCACUAGUUUUAUUUCAGAGUGUUGUAUCGUUUGUUGUAUUACUUGGUGAGUUUUGUUAAUGGUAUUAUUGGGUGUGAUAAUUUCUAUUUUAUUUUGUCCUUUUACUAUUCCUUUUCUAGAUUGUUUUAUCUUGAGCCGGGGUUCUAUUGGAAACAACCUUCCACCUCACCUCUGAGGUAGUGGUAUGGAUUGCGUACACUUACCCUCCCCAUACCCCACCUGGUGGGAAUUUUCUGGGUAUGUUGUUGUUGUUGAUGAUGAUGUUCUUCGAGGUGGUUGACAGAAUAAGUGUUGGAUGCUGGAAGCAAGAAGCAAGUACCCAGUACAGUCGCGCUUGUUCAUCUUUGGAGUUAAACAGGAUCGCUCUCCAUCUCGGAGAGUUUCUGAUGAAUAAUAAUAAUUAGGUUGCCUGGUAGUAGUGAGAUUACAGAGUUGCUAGAGGAUCCUGCAUCUAAAAUGAAUAAAGGUGCACAAGAACAUCAUAACGUGGAGCCUGUAAAAAAGUAUUGUAUUGAAGAUGAUAUUAAUAAACUAUUUGAGGCUAUAGAGAUUAGGAAUUCCACUAGGGGUGUCAAAGAUGUGACAAGUAAACGUGCGAUGAAGAGGCCGAUGAGAUCUAGCCCCUAUCGUGCAUCAGGCAUAGGAAUUUCUGAGCCUGUAAGUUUGAAGCAGGCCUUGAGAGGAUUAUGCAUCUCUCAGGCAUCGGAGCUGGCUGCUGUGAAGAAGCAAUUGUCAAAAGCAUCUAGGUUGUCUGCAGUUUCAGAUACAGGAGCUUUGAAGAGACUGUACAGGGCUGUUGUGGUCGACGCGAAUAAUCCUGAAAAUCACGAUGAUGGAGGUGUACGGAAUUUGGUGGAGAUAUCCCUUGUCCCGGAGCGGAGUAUGGUAGAUUCUUUGCAUAAGAGUCCGAAAUCUGAAAAUGUUCCAGUGCAAGAACUAUGUACUUCUGAAGAUGCAUUGGAACUUAAGGCAAGUGAAAUAACAGCAGAAAGUGAGGCCUUUAAUCAGUUAACCGAUGGUUAUGAGUACCUGAAAGAAGUUUCUGGCCAGAAAAUGACAUCGGAGUUACCACAUUCUUCAACUGACAAUUCUACUGGUAAAGUGGAGCUAGUAAUAGAUCAGAUGGUGCCUUCUGUAAAUGAAGCUCUAGCAGUUGCAAUUGUAGCAGACAAGGAGCUCAAGCAAGAUUCAAAUUUUGUGUCUCGCUCCUCGUUUUUUGGUGCGGGAAAUGAAGUCGUUAACCCAAGCCGUCUAAGUCUGACCAAAUCAGUUUUCAGAAGCAAAACCUUUUUCAAGAAGAAAGUUUUAUCUUCUUUCGCUAGCCGUCUGAAGCAUCGUAAUGGUGGAAUUGAUGAUAGUGAUUUGUCUUGUAGCACAAGUGAGUUUCCUCGUCAGACACCUGAAUAUUCUCCGAUGAGUAUCCGUAAAGGAGAGGAUGAGGAGUCUCCAGACUCCUGCGGUCCAAGUAGCAUAGAAGUUAGUUCAUCUGCUCUAGGUCUGAGCGCAAAUUGUUGUGACAAAGCAAAAAAUACACUUACAAAAGCUGACGAAAGAUCAAGGUCGAAGGAAAAGGGGCAGAUGUCUCAAAGUUCAAAGAGUAGCAUUGGGGAUUAUAGCAGCACCACAAGCCUUAGUGAUGAAAGCUAUCUCAGUGUCUCUAGCCGAAGUGGUUACCGACCUCAUAUGGCAAGAGAUUCGAGAUGGGAAGCUAUUAUUGGUGUGCAAAAGCAGCAUGGAAAUAUUGGCUUAAAGCAUUUUAAACUGCUCAGAAAACUCGGAGAUGGGGAUGUUGGGAACGUUUAUCUUUCCGAGCUAAUGGGUACAAACUGUCUGUUUGCUGUGAAAGUCAUGGAUAGUGACUUCCUGAUCAGCAAGGGGAAGAUGACGAGAGCUCAGGCUGAAAUAGAAAUUCUUCAAAUACUCGAUCAUCCGUUUCUCCCAACUCUCUUUGCCCAUUUUACCAAUGAUAAAUACUCGUGUUUAGUGAUGGAAUAUUGUCCAGGUGGUGAUCUGCAUGUACUGCGACAAAAACAACCAAGCAAGAGUUUCUCUGAACACGCUGCCAGAUUUUAUGUUGCUGAGGUUCUUCUUGCAUUGGAAUAUCUUCACCUGCUUGGAGUUGUCUACCGGGAUUUAAAGCCCGAGAAUGUGUUGGUUCGAGAAGACGGACAUAUCAUGCUCUCCGAUUUUGAUUUAUCUCUUAGGUGUGCUGUUAAUCCUACUUUGGUGAAAUCAUCUUCUCCCGUCGUUGAGCCUCCGAAAAGGUCUAGUCCGUGCUCUGUUGGCUGCAUAGAUCCCUCCUGCCUACAUCCGUCAUGGCAAGUAUCCUGCUUCGGUCCCAAGUUCUUAUCUACAGCAGCAAAGACACGAAAACUAAAGGCUGACUUAGCUGCAGAAAUCUCACAUUUAUCGCAGCUUGUUGUUGAGCCAACCAACGCUCGAUCCAACUCGUUUGUAGGAACCCACGAGUAUGUAGCCCCGGAGAUUAUCAAAGGUGAAGGUCAUGGCAGCGCUGUUGAUUGGUGGACCUUCGGAAUCUUUUUGUACGAGCUUUUAUAUGGAAGAACUCCUUUCAAAGGGACAGAAAAUGCCGAUACACUAGCCAACGCGGUUUCUCAAUGUCUCGAGUUUCCAGCUAGUCCUAUAGUUAGCUCUCAUGCCCGCGACUUAAUCAGAAGGUUGUUGCUGAAGGAGCCUGAGAAUAGGUUAGGAGCUGUGAGAGGAGCAGCAGAGAUAAAGCAGCACCCGUUCUUCGAUGGACUUAACUGGGCAUUAAUUCGCUGCUCAACUCCUCCAGAAAUGCCGCGAUCCUAUGACUUGACAAAUGUCAUCGUCCCUGAGGCCAAUCGACAGAAUAAGGAAUGCGGCAAGUGUCAACAUGAGUUGAAAAACAUAGGAGAGGAUAUUGAGUUUUGACAUGUUUUAGCAAAACUAGUCUGCAUGUAUGAAAUAGGAUAGGUUUGGUUUUACAUUUAACACUCUGUCUGAACUAAUAGGUAGUGUAACAUAUUUAUAGUGUACAUGUAUCACAAAGUGCAACACAUAUUUAUAGCAAAACUGUAAUGAAUGUAUCACGUUUCAUAA